AUGUGCGACACGGAUUUUUAUCAAAUCCCUAAAGAUAUCAACGAAGUAGUGUACUCGCAGGUCAAUGACCACAGCGGCCAAUACAACGUGAGAAUGCCCUCUGUAGCACAGGCCGAUUAUAGUAUCCGUGAUGUCUGGCAGAGUAAUUUGGAGCAAGAAUUCCGAACCAUCCGUCAGAUUGUUCAGUCAUAUAAGUAUGUUGCUAUGGAUACUGAAUUUCCUGGGGUGGUUGCCAGGCCAAUAGGAGAAUUUCGAAGCAACGCAGACUACCAUUAUCAACAGCUUCGUUGCAAUGUGGAUUUGCUUAAAAUCAUCCAGGUUGGUAUGACAUUCCUUGACGAGUAUGGACACACUCCAACCCCGAUAUCUACUUGGCAGUUCAAUUUUAAGUUUAAUCUUACUGAGGACAUGUAUGCCCAGGAGUCAAUCGACCUCCUCACCAACUCAGGGAUCCAGUUCAAGAAGCAUGAAGAGGAAGGCAUCAACACAGACGAUUUUGCCGAGUUACUUAUGACGUCUGGUGUCGUCCUGACAGAUGAGGUAAAGUGGCUCUCCUUUCAUAGUGGUUAUGACUUUGGCUACAUGCUGAAAAUCCUGACCAACAGUAACCUGCCAGCUGAAGAAGCGGAUUUUUUUGAACUCUUGCGAAUUUACUUUCCUAAUAUCUACGAUGUCAAGUACUUAAUGAAAAGCUGCAAGAACCUUAAGGGUGGCCUGCAGGAAGUGGCACAGCAACUGGAAAUUCCUCGCGUCGGGCCUCAACACCAAGCCGGCAGCGACAGUCUUCUUACUGGCGCCGCCUUCUUUAACAUGCGCGAGAUGUUUUUUGAGGAUAAUAUAGAUGAUGCCAAGUACUGUGGCCACUUGUAUGGCCUUGGGAGUAACUAUAUAAUGAACGGAAGCAGCAACUAUGAAAAUCAUGUUUCUCAGACAAAUUCGUCUGUAGCACCCAACAAUGAUGAAGCAGGCCCAAGCCAUUCUAACUCUUCCUAA